UGAAGAAGCAGAUCCUUGAAAGUUGGAGCAAUUCAGAACGCCUCCGUAGCCCUCGAAGCUGUCGGCUCCUGGCGUCCCAUCCUUGAGGUUGUGCUGCUUGAACCUCAGGUCACCUUGGCUUGGCUUCGCCGCGGCCUGUUAGUUGCAAGCCCCCGUGGUGCGUGCCGACAGGAAAGGGAGAGGUAAGCAGACGUGAAGACAAUGAAAGAAGAAAGCAUGUGCCCAGACUCCCCAGAGGGCAGCCUGGUGACCAGCGAGGAGGAAAGCGAGAAGAUGCCAAGGAAAGGCCUUCGCAAAAGGGGCCAGCUGGGCGUGCCCUUGACCUCUGCCCCCCCGGAGUGCAGCACCCCCUCGCCGCAGGGCAAGCGCAGCAAGCGGAGCCCCGUGCCGCAGACCUUCGAGGACAUGCACACGCAGCGGGUCAUCGCCAACGUGCGGGAGCGCCAGCGCACCCAGUCGCUGAACGACGCCUUUGCUGAGCUACGCAAGAUCAUCCCCACGCUGCCCUCCGACAAGCUCAGCAAGAUCCAGACGCUCAAGCUGGCCGCCCGCUACAUCGACUUCCUCUACCAGGUCCUGCAGAGCGAUGAGCUUGACCACAAGAUCUCCAGCUGCAACUACCUGGCCCACGAGAGGCUCAGCUAUGCCUUCUCCGUCUGGAGGAUGGAAGGGGCCUGGUCCAUGUCGGCGUCCCACUGAGAUCCAGCCAGCCGGAAGGUCCACUCAGGAAGAAGGUUGGCUUGCACCAUGCUUCUGCCUCACCCAAGAGCAGCCAUAGACAAUCGACUCAGAGAAACUCAGGGCCCGCGCUCUCAUGCUUCUCCAUCACCAGCUCCAAACAAGACCAACAGCAUCAUCUUGGGGGAUGGAAGAGGGUGGAAAAGAGAGAACCCGACUUGGAUCCAGGAUGGAGAAUCGAGACUUGUCCAACUUUGCUCUGGGCAGGCUUGCGUACAUACUGGGGCAGCAAUCCAAAGCAGCAGGAAUGGACUGACUUUGCUUGUAACAAGCUGAUCUCCAAAUGUCUAUAUAGAACUCUUUUGAGGAGCUAAUUUAUUUUUGUUUUGUUUUUGAAUUUGCAGGUGUUGAGAAUUUUUUUAUUUUAUUUUCGCUUUGGCCUGCCGCUUUCCACUUUCCAAAAGGUUUUCCCUUCACCUCGUCUACGUCGCUUUCUUACGGGAUGAAGCUCAAGAUCAUCCUUCUACCAAACCUGCACUAAAGGCCCAAACUGACAAGACUCAACACCUAUCUGCCCCAACCAGCAUGGCCAAUAGUCAGGGAUGAUGGGAGUUGUAGUCUACCAACAUCUAGCGGGCCACAGGUUCCCCUAUCCUGGUUUAAACCCUCUUGAAGUGACUCC